AUGGCCGCGCUCUCGUUACAACACGCAAAUCUGUUCAAACUUGAAGGUGAAGCAAAUGUGAUUCCAUUCACGGAGUCUGAGAUAUCGUCGUUCAACGUUACUUCUGCCCCAGAUCCAUCGCCAAUGCCUCCCCCGACGGAACGACACUUCUUUUUGCCGAACCACUGGCUGAAGGCUACUGAAAUCCUCAAGUCUGUGCACGAUACAGUGCAGUGGUUGGCCAAUGACUUCGUGUGGAAGAGGGCAAGCUUUAACAACCUCUGGAACAUGGUAUGCACCCGCCAUCCCAGACGGGGCGUCAAUAUCAAGAUUGGUACCGCGGAAAGCCCUCUCGCCGGUUUUAUGGCGCGAACAUUAGUAUUUGCGUUGCCUUUGUUCUUGCAUGUAGGCAUGAUGAUUGGCUGUGGCUGUUAG